CAAAUUGGGAAUUUACAGUAUAAAGCAUCUCGUUCUCGAGUUCUCGACCCAUCCGUCUCCGGGCGCAGUCGAAGCAAGUCAUCCACCGAAGAGUCAUAGUGGCUUAGAUCCUCUCUCACACUGACCGAUCCUCCGAAAAUAUCCGGAUGGCCAGAAAUACUGGAUUUCUGGUUAUACUAUGUAUAACAUUGGUCUGCGAGGCGGCCGCCUUUGACCCGAUCUCGGACUCUCACCGAUCUGCUGCACUAGAGCUCUUCACGCCAGUUGAUGGAUCUUUUGGAAGCUUAGAAGAAGCAUACGAAGCCUUGAGAACAUUUGAGACUCUUGGAAUCGGAAAGGAGCUUGAUAUAAGGACUCGCACUUGCCCCCUGGUGGUGGACACUAUUCAGUCUUCAUCUUCACUUUUAAAGGAUUUGUUUUAUGCACUGAGGGUCAAUGCAUUAUUAAAAUGCAAGAUUGAUGAGAAAGUCUUUGCGGAUGUUGCUUCAAGACUUAAAGCUUCUCUCCAGGAUGCUAAUUCGUUACUCGAUUUUUACUACCCUGUAGGAAGUUUGAUGAGUAUUAAGGAUCAAACCUCUGAAGUUGAUGUGCUUCUUCCUGAUGCUGAUGGUAUUUUCCAGUCAAUAAAGGCACUCAGCCAAAGUGAUGGAAGGUGGCGCUAUAGUUCCAGCAACCCUGCAUCAAGUUCUUUCGCUGCUGGUGUAGCACUUGAAACACUUGGUGGAGUUUUCUCACUAGCAACUUCUGAGAUUGACCAAACCAAGAUUGGAGCACUUAGAAGUGGUGUAGUCAAGCUCUUUGACAGUGUUGAGAAAUAUGAUGAUGGGGCCCACUACUUUGAUGAGAAACGUGUUGAUGGGCAUGAACAUCAGGAUCCUCUUUCAGCCACUUCAUCUGUAGUUUGUGGGCUGACAGCUUUUGCUACAGCUACUUCUGGAAAUUUAAAUCUUCCAGGCGAGAAAGUAUUGGGUUUGGCGAAAUUUUUUCUUGGCAUUGGAAUCCCUGGAAAUGCGAAAGACUUUUAUAACCAAAUUGAUGCAUUAGCUUGCUUGGAAAGCAACAGGGUUUCCAUUCCGCUGAUUUUGUCACUUCCAGCUACUGUCCUUUCACUGACUAGAAAAGACCAGCUCAAGGUCCGUGUGAAUACUGUACUGGGAUCUAUACCACCACCUCUAUCAGUAAAACUUGUGCAAGCAUCCACCUCUGGGUCAAAGGUUGUUUCAGUAAUUGAGAGCCAGGAACUAAAGUUUGAUCCAGAAAAUGAUGUUCAUGUCUUGGAUGCUUUUCAUGGAACCGUUGAUGUAGGCAACUAUAUUUUUACAUUUGAGAUUGCAUUACAUGAUUCAGAGCACAAGAAAAUUUAUGCAACUGGAGGUCAAAUCAAAGUACCAGUAUAUGUCACAGGAAUUAUCAAAGUUGAGAAUGCAGAAAUUGCAGUACAUGACAGCGAUCUUGGAAGUGUGGAAACUCAGAAAAAGCUAGAUUUAUCUGCAGGAAAAGCUCUUUCUUUAUCAGCCAACCAUCUACAGAAGCUGCGCCUAUCCUUUCAAUUGAUGACUCCUCUGGGCAAACCAUUUAAACCACAUCAGGCUUUUCUGAAGUUGAGACAUGAGACUGAAGUUGAGCACAUCUUUGUCCUGGGGAAGUCUGGGAAACAGUUUGAGAUAAUAUUAGAUUUUCUUGGACUGGUUGAGAAGUUUUUCUACCUCUCCGGUACAUAUAAUAUUCAACUUUCUGUUGGUGAUGCUGUCAUGGAGAACUCUUUCGUACUGGAGCUAGGCAAUAUUGAAUUAGAUCUCCCAGAACCACCUGAGGGGGCUGCACGCCCCCCUUCUCAUCCUAUUGAUCCUCUUUCGAGAUAUGGACCCAAAGCUGAGAUAACCCACAUCUUCAGGACCCCAGACAAGAGACCACCAAGAGAGCUUUCUCUUGGCUUCCUAGCCCUUGUUCUCGUGCCAUUCCUUGGAUUCUUGAUUGGGUUACUUCGGCUCGGCGUAAACGUGAAGAACUUCCCUAAAUCGACCAUACCUGCCACAUUUGCCAUUUUGUUCCAUGUUGGCGUUGCAGCAGUUCUCAUACUCUAUGUGCUUUUCUGGUUGAAGUUGGAUCUGUUCACAACUUUCAAAGCACUUGGCUUCUUGGGAAUCUUCUUGAUGUUUGUUGGACACCGAACUCUUUCGCACCUAGCCUCAACAUCAGCCAAGUUGAAGUCUGCUUGAGAAAAAUGCUUGUGUUUGCAGGAAAAGCAUUCAUUCAAACCAAGGAAACAGACCCUCUUCCAUCUAGAGAGACGUGUGAGCCAUCUUGAUUCAAUUUUGUCAUAGGAUUGCUAACUGUUUAAAGUUCAGAGUAGUACACAAUUGAAGUGAAACGUCCUCUUGAUCCAUCCAUAUGAUGUCCCAUUGUGGUGGGGUUUUAGACAAUAUUUAAGGAAUAGCAACGGUCUACAGUGACCUCUUAUGAUUUUCAAUUUAAUAAUUAAAACUGUUAGCCAAUGAACUAACUACAUAGUUGCAGCGCCCCCUGGCUUGGUUAAAUAAAUUUGAUAGUAACUGGUAA